AGUGGCUCCGGAGUGACCGAGAAGUGCCGUCAACCCCUCUGACGCGGGAGAAGGCGGAGGCCAGGGGACCAUUUCGAGAUGUUGAAUAGCGACGUUUCUGACCACAGGCUAAACGUGGAAGCCAUCAUUAGAAAUAUUAAUACAAUUUCUUUGGAGUUGAAGAAGAUGAAAGAGCUCUCCCAGCUACUGCUGUGCGACCUGACUCUGCAUUUUAAUCAUCCUGUGAGGACAGAGGACUUCAAGGAAACAGAAGGAAAUAACUCCCCCUUUGAAGAGUCGAAACUAUCAGAUGUAUCCCUUGCUUCUAAAAGUUUUUCUCCCUAAUUUCCUAUUUAUCUGUUGUGAAUUUAUGGCUGUAGUACUGUUCAAUUAACAAGUAUCUGGGAGAA